UAAUCCUGUAUAUGUAUAUAUAUAUAUACAUAUGUAUGUCUUCUAAAUUGUCUAGUUCAUAAAAUUUUUCUUAAUAUAAAUUAAUAGAUUCUAUGGAAUACACUGCCGAUCCUACUUCAAAUAAUGUCAGCGGCAUUCUCGAUUCUUUGAUUAACGACAAUGAAACCGACAUCACAGCCAUUAAUGUUGCUGUUGCUGUUGCUGAUCACGACAUGCCUGACGCCGACAUUGUUCCUGCUGUUGAUAAUAAUAAUAGGGAAGAAGGCGAAUAUCUUAAGAUACUCCCUCCUGGAUACAAGUUUAAACCUUCUGAUGGAGAGCUGAUUGUUCAUUACCUCCAGAGGAAGAUUCUGAAUCAAACUUUGCCGCCUCACAGAAUCAAUGAAUUGGAGAUGUACAAGUUUAAUCCUGAAACUCUUGCAGCUGACUAUGCUUCAAGUGGGAAUGGAGGGAGGGAGGAGUGGUACUUUUUCUCUCCAAGAGAUCAGAAAUAUCCAAAUGGAAGCAGGCUGAGACGAGAUCCUAAAUGUGGAUAUUGGAAGUCUACUGGAGCGUAUAAAGAUGUUAGGUUUAAUGGACAUAAAGUUGGACUUAAGAGGUUGUUAGUAUUCUACAAAAGAAGAUCUCCUUUUCACAAAACUGAUUGGAUUAUGCAUGAAUUUAGUAUAAAUAAUCCUCUGGACAGAAGAAGACCUGGAAUUCAUGAUAUGGAGUUAUGGCAGCAUGAUUGGGUCUUAUGUCGGGUAUACAAUAGGAUCUAUAACAAGCCUCCCAAAGCUUCCAGUCGACCAGCUCAACAACCAUUAGAAAUUGAAAAUGAAAAUCAUCUCCCUGCUCAACCUAUUGUUGGUGCUAAUGGUUUGGAUUCUUCCUUUGCUCAAAUGCUGGAACCUGCAUCAUCUUCUCCCUCAGAAUUCCCAUGUCAUCAGAUUCAGUUGCCUAGUGAUUUAGAGUAUGAUUCGCAUCUUCCUCGUGCGGAUCAGAUGCCGGAAAAUGAUGAUAACGCUAUUACCUCUUCACUUGAGGUUAUCACUAAUAAAAUCAGUGCUCUAUGAUUGUGACAAUAAUAAUAAUGAUAAUAAUGUCAUAAUAAUGAGCGAUGACUAGGGCAUAGUGGAUUAGCAAAUAUGCAAUGACUUCCACGAAUAUUAUGUUAGGUUAGUUUAAUUUCUUGUAGUUGCUCUUGUCUUAUGCUAUUGGAACAUUUAUUAGUUGAUUUUUCUCUUAUGCUAAUUUUUGUUUUAU